UUUCUGCACUACAAAUAUUUCAACCAGAUAUCAUGAAGCUUCUACUAAAACUCCUGUUCCACCUUCUUUCUCUUUAACAAACUCAGGCAUGCACAGUUCCACCCCAGAGGCAAACACCAAGAACAAGUCUACUGCUGACAACUUGAAGAGCAUAGUCAACGCUCUCGUGCUUCCUUCCAUUUCAUCUUCUCCACUUCACUCUCUCCACAAAGGUAACUGGGUCAAGCUCAUUUGUGGUGCAAGCUUUGAGGAUGUUGUUGAUAUCAGAAAUCUCAGCCUGGUUUACACUCUUGCUGGAGUUGACUGCAUUGACUGUGCCGCUGAUGCAGCAGUUGUUAGUGCUGUGAAUGAAGGAAUUGAAGCUGCAAGAGAUAUUGUGUGCGUUAGGAGGCCGUGGGUGAUGAUCAGUGUCAAUGAUGAUAAAGAUCUUCAUUUUCGAAAAGCCGAAUUUGAUCCAGAGGAAUGUCCAGCAGACUGUUCACGGCCUUGUGAAAAUGUGUGCCCUGCUAAUGCAAUAUCAUUCCUUGGGAAAUCUUCGGGAAUUUCAUGUAAUACUGAAGCAACAAGUGUACUGAAGGAUGGAGUCAUAACAGAACGCUGCUAUGGCUGUGGUCGCUGUCUUCCAGUUUGCCCCUAUGAUAAAAUAAGAGAGGUAACAUAUGUAAGAGAUGCUGUUACAACUGCUGAUCUAAUCCAGAGAGAUGACAUUGAUGCUAUGGAGAUACAUACAAGUGGAAGACAGAGUAAUUUGUUCAAACAACUCUGGAGUGCUCUGGGAGAUUCAGUAGGGUAUUUGAACCUUGUAGCUGUUAGCUUACCUAAUGGUGGUGACUCAACAAUAUCCUCCAUGAACUAUAUGUUCUCCAUCAUGAAACCCAAUCUUCAAAGCUUCAACUUAUGGCAGUUAGAUGGUCGUCCUAUGAGUGGAGAUAUUGGGAGAGGAGCAACAAAGGAAUCAAUUGCCUUUGCUGUUCAACUGGCUAAGGCAAAAGAAAGGCCUCCUGGUUUUCUUCAACUUGCUGGUGGAACCAAUGCUCACACAAUUGAAGGGUUGAAAAAAGAGGGACUCUUUCAAACAACUAUUAAUGAAUAUUUGCAUGAUGAUGAAUCAGCAAUAAACUCAUCUGGUUCACCACAUGCUUUGAUUGGUGGUAUAGCAUACGGUGGCUACGCACGGAAGAUUGUUGGUAGAGUGUUGAGAUCAAUGCAAUCAGAACAUGGUGGAGCUGCUUCAAUUGAGGAUCAUUCUGAGUAUCUCUUGAUGGCUCUUAAGGAAGCACUUGCUUUGGUGGGACCUGUUAAAUGUCUAUGAUCUGUAUUUGAAAGUGUAGCGUAUACAAUAGAAGAAUAGAAACUUGUUAAAAAGUAAUAAAUCAAAUCAAUUUUAAUUUACAUUUCUAAUCAUAGCUUCUCUAAAACUAUUUAUUUC